UCUGCCUCUCUCUCCCUCUUUCUCUCUCUCUCUGUCUCUCUCUCUUCUCUAUCUCUUCCACCGCCUCCGCUGCAGGCUAGGAGCUAUCCAGUGCUGAACAAGUGAUUUUUUUCUUUUUUUUCCCCAAAGCGUAAGCAGGCGUGUGUUUGUACAGUAGCAAGCACACACACACGCAUUAUUGUAUCAUCAGACAUCUUUCUCGCCUCCUGCGUGCUCUUUAUUUUCUACAUUGACUCUUUUUUUGUUUCCGGGACGUGGACCAUCUUUUUUGUUGGAGUGGAGAGAAUUUUCAUUUGGGACCACGCAGAGAUUUUCCUUGGGAUUUUGUCCUUGUUGGCUUUCUGUCUGCGGCCGAUGUGAGGGAUUUCUGCUGCGUCUGCGUGUGCGAGCGACCGUGUGUGAAUCAUGCCACGUUCGUUUCUGGUGAAGAAAAUCAAACUGGAUGAUUUCUCCUCGUCUUCUUUGACAGCAUCUAAUCACCAUCAUGAUGAUCACCUCGACGAUUCCUUUGCACGCUCCCGUUCCCGUCCCACGACGAGCCUGGGUGUCCGGCUCUGCCAAAAUGGCUACAUCAAGGAUUACAUCAGUUCUUCAGCAUACUCAGAGGAGAAGCAGGCCGACAUGAAGGUGGGCUCUGGGUUGUCAGAUCCACUGUACUCCCCUGUCAGCAGUGGUGGAGGGGAAUACUGCCAACCCGACCUGGAACAUCCGGACAGCCCUCAGUCCGGCCUCACGGCCCCCGGAUAUUUCAGCAGCGAGAGCGAGUCCCUUACUGAGGGUUACACCAUGGACGCGUUCUUCAUAUCCGACGGGCGAUCGAGGAGAAAGGGAGAAGUCCUCGAAGCAAAGAAUGAUGCUCCAGAAGAUAAAGAAGUGGGUGGGGUCAGCAACGGAGGCCCCAGACACAGCUGCAACGAGUGCGGAAAGACCUACGCCACCUCCUCGAACCUGAGCCGACACAAGCAGACCCACCGUAGCCUCGACAGCAAGAUGGCCCGCAAAUGUCCCACCUGCGACAAGGUCUACGUGUCCAUGCCAGCGCUGGCCAUGCAUAUUCUCACCCACAACCUCAAGCACAAAUGUCAUGUGUGCAGCAAAGCCUUCAGUCGGCCGUGGCUUCUCCAGGGGCACAUGCGAUCACAUACGGGUGAGAAACCAUUCGCCUGCGCCCACUGCGGUAAAGCCUUCGCAGACCGUUCCAACCUACGUGCACACAUGCAGACGCAUUCGGCCUUCAAGCACUACCGCUGCAAACGUUGCAAUAAAACCUUUGCACUGAAGUCGUACCUGAACAAGCACUACGAGUCCGCCUGCUUCAGAGGCUCCGGAGACGAGGAUGAGUCUGGAUCUGAGAAUUAACAAAU